AGACCGCACUAAUGGAGCAGAUCGCCCUGAUGGAGCCCGCGGCCGCGCUCACUAGCGGGGGCUCCGCCUGAACUCCGCGCCGUUGAUCUCCACUACAGAUUCAGUGCUUUCGUUCGCUCGGAUACGCGUUUUAUUCUCGAGUUCACAUCGUCUCAAACCCUCCUUUUCGUUUCAAGCCAUGACUGUGGAGCAGAAUGUCCUCCAGCAGCAUUCGCAAAAGCACCAACAGACAUUACUGAAUCAACUGAGGGAGGUAACUGGAACCACAGAUGUUCAGCUAUUACAGCAGGCCCUACAGGUCAGCAAUGGUGACCUAGCUGAGGCAGUGGCCUUUCUUACAGAGAAGAACGCCAAAGUCCCUCAGCAGGAUGAAGCCACGUACUAUCAGACUGCCCAGAUUGGCAAUGACAGAUACAUCAGUGUGGGCAGCCAGGCUGACACGAACGUGAUCGAUCUGACUGGAGAUGAUAAAGAUGACCUUCAGAGAGCCAUUGCUCUCAGCCUGGAGGAGUCUAACCGGGCCUUUAGAGAGACGGGAAUCACAGAUGAGGAGCAGGCAAUCAGCAGAGUGUUGGAGGCCAGCAUAGCAGAGAACAAGGCGAGUCUGAAGCGCACUCACACGGAGGUGUGGAGUGACUCGCCAAACCCUCAUGACAGGAAGAGGCAGGAGAACUGCCCUGUUGGCCUGAAGAAUGUGGGCAACACCUGCUGGUUCAGUGCUGUUAUACAGUCCUUGUUCAACCUGUUGGAGUUCCAGAGAUUGGUGCUUCAUUACUCCCCUCCAGCCAGGGUGCAGGAAUUGCCUCGCAACCAAAAGGAGCACCGGAACCUGCCCUUCAUGCAGGAGCUGCGGAAUCUCUUCUCCUUGAUGGUGGGCUCCAGGAGAAAGUAUGUGGACCCAUCAAAGGCUGUGGAGAUCCUCAAGGACGCGUUUAAGUCCAGCGAGUCACAGCAGCAAGAUGUGAGUGAGUUCACUCACAAACUGCUAGACUGGCUGGAAGAUGCUUUCCAGAUGAAGGCAGAAGAAGACCGAGAAGGAGAGAAGCCAAAGAACCCGAUGGUGGAGCUGUUCUACGGGCGAUUUCUGGCUGUAGGUGUUCUCGAAGGAAAGAAAUUUGAGAACACAGAGAUGUUUGGGCAGUACCCGUUACAGGUGAACGGCUUCAAAGACCUGCAUGAGUGUUUGGAGGCAGCCAUGGUGGAGGGCGAGAUUGAGUCUUUGCAUUCUGCAGAAAACUCCGCCAAAUCUGGACAAGAGCACUGGUUCACAGAGCUCCCACCGGUUUUGACCUUCGAGUUGUCAAGGUUUGAGUUCAACCAAGCUUUAGGCAGGCCUGAGAAGAUUCACAACAAGCUGGAGUUUCCUCCUAUGCUUUACAUGGACAGGUACAUGGACAGGAAUCGAGACGUCACACGGCUCAAACGAGAAGAGAUCAGGAGACUGAAGGAACAUCUGACUGUCCUGCAGCAGCGGCUGGAGAGGUAUCUCAGCUAUGGCUCUGGCCCCAAGAGGUUUCCUCUGGCUGAUGUCCUUCAGUAUGCAAUGGAGUUUGCCUCCAGCAAGCCAGUGUGUACUUCCCCUGUAGAGGACAUUGACACAUCAGCACCACCCGGUGGCACAACUGCACAGGUGCCUCCUGCACCGAGUGUGGUGGAACAGGGCUCCUCAGUCCCCCCAGACAUCUCGGGAGCAGCACCCCAGGCACAACAACAACAACAACAACAGCAGCAGCAGCAACAACAACAGCAACAACAGCAGCAGCAGCAACAACAACAACAACAGCAGCAGCAACAACAGCGUGCACCCAUCCACAAGCCCUUCACGCAGUCACGCGUGCCCCCAGACCUGCCCAUGCACCCUGCUCCACGCCACAUCACUGAGGAGGAGCUUCGAGUGCUGGAGGGCUGCCUGCACCGCUGGAGGAAUGAGGUGGAAAAUGACACUAGAGAUCUUCAAGGAAGUAUAUCUAGAAUCCACAGAACCAUUGAGCUCAUGUACUCGGACAAGUCAAUGAUGCAGGUGCCAUACCGGCUACACGCUGUCCUGGUUCAUGAGGGUCAAGCCAAUGCGGGCCACUACUGGGCGUAUAUCUACGACCCUCACCACCGCUGCUGGAUGAAGUACAACGACAUCUCUGUAACCAAGUCCUCAUGGGAGGAGCUGGUGAGGGACUCAUUUGGCGGCUACCGCAACGCCAGUGCCUACUGCCUGAUGUACAUCAAUGACAAGAAGCCCUUCCUCAUAGAAGAGGAGUUCGAUAAAGAGACGGGCCAGAUGCUGAGCGGUCUGGACAAGCUCCCACCGGACCUGAAAGAGUAUGUGAAGGAGGACAACCAGCUGUUUGAGCGUGAGCUGGAGGAGUGGGAUGCCAUGCAGGCCAGGAAAGCCCAGCAGGAGAAGAUGGCUCUGGCUGCGGCCGCAGCUGCCGUGGCCCCCCGGCCCAUGAGCACCGAGCCCAGCCCUCCAGACAACACAGUUCCCCAGCAGGACCCAGAGUACAUGGAGCAGCCUUCACCCACUGAUGACUCCAAACACCUGCAGGAGGACACAGAGAGAGCAAUCUCCAAGGCUGCCGCCGAGCAGGACGAAAAGAGUCCCGAGGCACUACUCAGCGCUGCCGAGUCCAACGCGACCCCUCCCCAAACCCCUCCCCCUGACACAGUGCAGGAUGGGCCCGCCUCCACCCCAGCCCCACCACCCCGGGUGGUGGAGGUGGCCAUCCCUCACGUAGGAACCUUCGUCAUUCAGUCACGAAAAGGGGGGUAUGACGAUGAGACAAUGAUGACGCCAAACAUGCAGGGUAUUAUAAUGGCCAUUGGCAAAUCCAGGAGUGUGUAUGACAAGUGUGGGCCUGAAGCAGCCUUCUUCAAGGCGAUUAAAGUUGAAUACACCCGUUUGCUGAGGUUAGCCCAGGAAGACACACCUCCCCAGAAUGACCACCGGCUACAGCAUGUCAUUGUUUACUUCAUCCAGAACCAGGCACCCAAAAAGAUCUUGGAGAGAACCCUCCUCAUGCAGUUCGCAGACAGAAACCUCUGCUUUGACGAGAGAUGUAAGAGCAUCAUGAAAGUGGCGCGCGCAAAGCUUGAUCUCAUUAAGCCGGACGAAGUUAACAUGGAGGAAUACGAGAUGUGGCAUCAGGACUACAGGAAUUUCCGAGAGACCACAAUCUUCCUAAUGAUUGGCUUAGAGCUGUUUCUAAAGAAAAGUUAUGUGGAGGCCUUGAUGUACCUGAUCUAUGCCUAUCAGUACAACAAAGAGCUCCUCUCCAAAGGCCCGUACAGAGGCCAUGAUGAAGAGCUUAUAGCCCAUUACCGCAGAGAGUGCCUGCUGAAGCUGAACGAGCAUGCGGCUGCCCUGUUUGAGACCGGAGAGGAACCGGAGGUCAACAGUGGCCUGAGCAUCAUGAACGAGCUGGUGGUGCCCUGCAUCCCCCUGCUGCUGGUUGACGAGCUGGAGGAGAAGGACAUGGUUGCUGUCGAGGACAUGAGGAACCGCUGGUGCUCGUACCUGGGCCAGGAAAUGGAGCCUAAUCUUCAGGAGAAGCUCACCGACUUCCUCCCCAAGUUGCUCGACUGCUCGACGGAGAUCAAGACGUUCUCCGAGCCGCCCAAGAUGCCCUCAUACUCCACGCUGGAGCUGUGCGAGCGCUUCGGCCGUGUCAUGGCCUCCCUCACCCUCAGCCGCACCCCUGCUGACGGGAGAUGAGCCCCCUCCGGCCUCCUUCGUCCCCCUGCCGCUGACCCAUGGACCUCUUUUAACCCAUGCCUUCCUCCAAACCAGGGUUGCUUCAGCUGUUACUCCUUUUAGUUCUCUCUUCCUCUUUUGCUGCUACAGGUUUUAUCAUCAUUAUUCUUAUUGUUAUCACUAGUAUUAUUUGAAAAUUUCAGUUAUGUUUUAAAGCUAAUACAACAGAAAAGGCUUCGGCAUGGGGGAGGAGAAAAACUUCACAAAGCUUAGUAUUUGCCGCAUGCUGCUCCAGCUUUGUCAAACGAGGUUGAGGAUUUAUUUGUUUAUUUUAUUAUUUGUUUGUUUUUAUUUUAUUUUUUCUCCUCAUUGCUUUUUCUCUGUCAGCCCUUCUGGAGUGAAAAGGAAAGACCUGCUGCUCUGCCACCCCUUUGCUACAGCAUUAAUGCAUUUUGUUUUUCUAAAGGACGGGACUGAACGCAGAAAAAAAAAACCCAGAGAUUCGCAGAUGGCUUGAAAUGUAUAGAGUGGGUCGCUUGACCUGAGGACUGCUGUUCUCAAAGUUUUAAGCGCUGUGGUAGACGGCCACAGAUGCACUGUGGCUUGUUAAUAAAUCGAGAGAAUAAAGUUUUAUUUAUGGCUCUUUUAGGCCAGAUA